ACGCCAAAAGCUCACAUUAAUAACUGAUGGACCGAAAACCCAUAUAUGUGUGAAAUUUAUGAAUUUAAAGAGUAAAAAGUGUGGCUGGUUAUGACGAUUCGUAAAACAGAUGAACGUCUUUCCCUAGUUGUAGUCAACAUGGCGUCUUACAUACUGAGGUCGUUGAAACCUGUAGCAUCAAAUACGCUUGCAAAGCACGCACGGAUAACCAAAAGAUGGCGUCCGACUGCCACCGCGACCUACGAUCAGUGUGUACUGAAUGCGCCAGAGACUCGCAUCACCACUCUUCCGAAUGGACUACGAGUGGCAACGGAAGACUGUGACUCUCAGUCGUGUACUGUUGGGUUUUGGGUUGAAUCUGGUAGCCGGUAUGAAACGAACAGUACAAACGGAGUUGCUAACAUGUUUGAACAUCUAGUCUACAGGGGAAGUAAGACACGGUCACAGUCCCUCCUAGUGAAGGAGAUAGAAGGCAUGGGUGCUCAUCUCAACUCGUACAUUGGCCGUGAGCACAGUGCUUUCUAUGGAAAAGCUUCCUCCAAAGAUAUAGAAAAAGUGCUGGACGUGAUAGCAGACAUUCUUCAGAACCCAAGUCUGGACAGUGCUGACAUUGAAGCAGAAAGAGCAACCAUCAUGAGAGAAGUUAAUGAGAGUGACACAGACAUGCAGCAAGUUGUGCUUGACUAUCUACAUGCAUCUGCAUAUCAGGGUACCCCAUUAGCUAGGAGUAUCUCUGGGCCAACUGAAAAUAUUAGAUCCCUUGGAAAAGAAGACAUACUUGACUAUGUCAAUGCUAACUUAAAGGCUCCCAGGAUUGUCCUUUCGGCCUCAGGGGGUGUGGAUCAUGACCAGCUGGUGCGUGCUGCAGAGAAGAGUGUGGGAAGUAUGAAAGCUACAUACGAGGGCACGGAGAUACCUGUUUUGACUCCCUGCAGGUUCACCGGUAGUGAGAUACGCCAUCGUGAUGACAGUAUGCCAUUUGCCCAUGUUGCCCUAGCGAUAGAGGGCGCUGGAUGGGACAGCCCAGACCACAUGCCUCUUCUCCUAGCUAACAUGUUAGUGGGAAACUGGGAUAAGACUCAUUGUGGUGACGGGGCCGUUUCCAGCAAACUUGCUCAGGCAGCUUUCGAUGGGAGUCUCUGUGAAGGCUUCCAGAGUUUCUACAAUUCGUAUUCAAACACUGCUCUCUGGGGAUGCUACUUCGUUGCUCACAAACUCUCACUGGAAGAUUUCAUAUACAACAUUCAGAGUGAAUGGAUGCGUCUGUGCACAAGUGUGACAGAUAGUGAAGCAGACCGAGCAAAGGCCCAGUUGCGUACAUCAAUGCUACUGCAGACACAAGGCACUACCCCUAAAGCUGAUGAAAUCGGAAGACAAGUGUUGAUGCACGGACGUCGCAUCCCCUUCGCAGAGAUGGAUAACAUGAUUAGUCAGGUGACGCCAGCCCAGAUUCGGGAUGUCUGCACAAAGUACAUGUACGACAAAUGUCCUGCAAUCGCUUCUCUCGGUCCAAUCGAGCAAGUACCUGACUACAACAGACUGAGAGCAGGGAUGUACUGGCUGCGUCUUUAACACACACAAAA